GGAUUUUUAAUCUAUCUAUUAUACUUUCUGGUUGUUUGAUUACUCGUCUUGUUGUUGUUCUUCUUGAGAUUAUAUAUAUCGAUAAAUAGUCCCAGGAGGAUUUUCGAAUCGCAUCGUUGUUUGACAUCUUUAAUUGUCGUCUUUUGUUGCUGUUCAGCGUUCACGUUACAUCGUACCAUAUCACGUCACAUCAUCAUCAUCAUCAUCAAUUAUUCCCCCCGUAGAUAUUCCUCACGUGAAUAUCACUUGACACUCGCAUCCAACCCACAUUUCCUGUUCAGGAACGGAGUCCCUAUUUCUACUUUGAGUUCCGGAGUCCAGAAUUCUCUAGAUAUCAAAGAUUUAUAGAAGAGACGUUUCUCUGCGGAUCAUAUCGAAAGCAAGCCAGUCGAUCAACUCAACUACACCAGCUCAUCGUCAAAAGGAGAUCUCUUCAUUGAGCCCUUCGAUUACCGAACAUCGACUUCUCGAUCAAACUCACUUGAAGUAUAUCACCACCUUUAUACUAUUCCCUCAUCCACACACCCGCUCAACACACACACCUACCAAGAUGUCUGCCCCUGAAACCCUCCCCGUCAUCGCACGUCACCUCCUCCGUUACAACCAAUCCAUCCUCUCCAAGACCCAUUUCCAAAGCACCGCCAAAAACCUCUACCACCAAACCUCCAGCGUCAAAGCCUUUGCGAGUUCCGAGAGCGUGCGCGGAAACGCACGGAACAGAUAUGAUGUGCAUGGCAGCGGGUAUUUCGCACCUGGAAGACGCGGGGAAGGAAUUGCGGCUGCGAGUAUGGAGAUGUUUGGGGUGAGAGGAUUUGGAACCGGAGCCAUGGGCGAGCGAGCGCAUGUGUCGAUCUCGGCGAGGAUUGCGGCGAGUAAGGGGGAUCGAGAGAGGAUCUUGAAGAGUAUUAUGAGAGCGCGAGAGAGGAGGGGAGGGAAUGCCGCGGUCGCGGAUGGCGAGAGGAGGAUCUGGGAAGAACAGGUUUAUCCUCCUGUUAACGGGUGGUUGGUUUGAGGGGUGAAGGGAUGAUGAGGUAUAUUCAUGGGAUAUGUUGGGGAUGGGGGAAGGUCCUUCGAAUGGAUGCGGGAUGGGUGCUUACCGGAAGAUAUGCAUCCACUGGAGAAAAGUGAUACUCGAAACAUGGAUACGAUAUCCGGCGAUAUGUGUGAUAUGAAGCAAUAGCACUCGCUACGCUUUCCACACCCACCGAAGAGAUCUCAAGGCGGAAACGAAGAAAUUUGAGACCAUCCAUUCAUUCAUUCACUCACUCACUCAUCCACUCAUUUAUUCAUCGCAUUUUCUCCCUGGAGGAGAUGAUCCUUUGACGUUGAUUGGUUUCUGGAUCAUCUUAUUUAUCAUCUUUUUCUUUUAUGGUAUGUAUGUAUGUACGUACGUAUGAGUUAUACUUAUACUCCUACAUACUCUUUACACUAUCUACACCUACACAAACCAGAUUGUUUACGAGUGUUUGAAAGGAAAACAGAAAGAUUGGACAGGAUGGUGAAUUGGAGAUACGAAGCUCGAAAUUGCGCUUACGCUAUUAUGAGGAAUGGAGUUUGGAUUUUUGUUUCUUCUUCUUCUUCUUCUUCUUCUUCUUCUUGUAUGGGGAUGAUGGGCAUUGGUAUAGGGAUGGGGAUACAGAUACAGAUACAGAUACAAAUAGAUAUACAGAUACAGAUACAGAUACAAGUAGAUAUAAGAAUACAAACACCCAGAUAAACUAGAAUGAUACUUCA